AUGGAGCUGUCACGCACAGUCAGCGCCGAGAAUGCGCGUACCGGACCUUCACACCUGCUGGCGGGUACCGGCAAUGCAUCUGCAGCGAGCAGGAAAGGUCGCGCGUCAGAGGAAACCAGCGAUGCAAAGGCCGUCCGCGCCAGUAUCUCGAUGCCGCCACCCGCCUCUAAGGCCGUGCCUAGGCAAUUUCCCUCGCGCCGUCCCUCGAAAGCGUCCGAUGUCAGUUUGCGGGAGACGCUCACCGAUCGCCAGCCAUCUCCCGCAAUUGACGAUUCUACCGACCUUCUCACGCCCACCUCUGAAGCGGUGCGCACCUUGACCCACUCGGACCGCCGCCCCGAAAUCGAACCCACCUCCAACCGCCUGUCCUUUUCGUCUCUGUAUUCCAUCGGCUCAGGAAUAUACCCAAGCACCCAUAGGAUGAGCGGGCCUGCAUCAAUCAGCGGCAGUGACGAGGGCCACAAUGGGACCACCACCGCAACAUCGUCGUUGAAUGUCAUGACGGCGAGCCAAAAUGGCGGCAGUCUCAACCCUAGAGUCUCGCCCACGCAGCUGCUCUUUCCAGCUGAACAUCCGACUUACCCCGGCGGCAACAGCAAUCGACUGUCCAUCGCCUCGAAUCCUUCCAACAGCCCCGCCGACGCAUCCCCGCCGCCAACCUCAACCUCUUCGCCCCAUAAUCACGAACGCCGCGCCCGCAGCCGAACACAAGCACAGAGACGUAUCAGCGGGAGCACCGCUGCGAGCAGCAGCCCCGGCGGGAGAGACAUGGGCCGGGAGCCACGACGGCCUACCAGGGGCAUCAUAGGCGUCUGCGCGCUUGAGUCCAAGGCGCGGAGCAAGCCGGCACGUAACAUCUUCGGCAAGCUUGUGGAUGACUUUGAGGUGAAGAUUUUUGGCGACAAAAUUAUCCUUGACGAGGACGUGGAGAAUUGGCCUGUUUGCGACUUCUUGAUAUCAUUCUUUUCCGAUGGCUUCCCGCUCGACAAGGCCAUCGCCUAUGCACGCCUGCGCAAGCCAUUCUGCGUCAACGAUUUGCCCAUGCAGCAGAUUUUGUGGGAUCGUCGUCUCUGUUUACUGAUACUCGACCAGUUGAAGGUGCCUACCCCACGCCGUGUUGAAGUCAGCCGAGAUGGUGGACCCCGAUUGGCGAGCGCCGAGUUUGCCAAACAACUAGAGCAGAGAACCGGCGUGGUUCUGGGCGGUUCCGAUGGCACUGGAGGUGAUGUCGCGCCACCGCAAAAGAUCGAGCUGAUCGACAACGGCGACACCAUCUGUGUCGACGGCAUGACCCUUACGAAGCCCUUUGUCGAAAAACCUGUCAGCGGCGAGGAUCACAACAUUCACAUCUACUAUCACUCCAAGGACGGAGGCGGCGGUCGUAGACUCUUCCGCAAAGUGAACAACAAGAGCUCCGAAAAGGACGAUAGCCUGUACAUGCCAAGAUCCAUGACCGAGCCUGAGAGCAGCUACAUCUACGAGCAGUUUCUGCAAGUCGAGAACGCCGAAGAUGUGAAGGCAUACACUGUUGGCCCGAACUUCUGCCAUGCCGAGACCAGGAAAUCGCCUGUCGUCGACGGGCUUGUUAAGCGGAAUCCCAGUGGCAAAGAAGUGCGAUAUGUAACUAAUCUGACUGAAGCUGAGACAGCCAUGGCCGCGAGAAUCUCGAAUGGCUUUGGACAGAGGGUAUGCGGCUUUGACUUACUUCGGGCAGGAGAUAGAAGCUAUGUCAUCGAUGUCAACGGCUGGAGCUUCGUCAAGGAUAAUCAAACCUACUACGAAAAGGCAUCAACCAUCCUGAAAGAGCUUUUCCUCGAAGAGAUUCAACGAAGAGAACGAAAGAGUACCCAAGCCGCCGCCGCCGAAGCUCAAGAAGCACCUCUCGCAUCGAGUGCCCAGAGGAAGAGCAUUGGUGGACACAGGAGUACCCUGAAAGAAUUAUUUAAAUCUCCUAGUAUGUCUAAGUUGGCUGGUCACCAUCCACAUCUUCCCCAUAUGGGCCGUUCAGGCACUGUUCCAAAUUCACCUGAUACGUCGCUAGGUGCCACCCCUAUUGCAGCAUCCCCAAGUUUCGAGAAGGCCGACGCUACGCCCAUCACAACGAGCCCCGCGCCAGCCGCACUCAAAUCAGAGCCGGAUCUUUUGCUACCGCCUUCAAUUCGCGAUACAGAUUUGCAUUUGGAGAUCGAAAAGUCGCACUCCGAAGAGCAAGUGAACGUACCUCCACCUGCAUCAAAAGCGCAAUGGAAGCUGAAAGGCGUUGUCUCUGUUGUUCGCCAUGCGGAUCGCACACCUAAGCAGAAGUUCAAGUAUACCUUCCACACGAAGCCCUUCGUCGACUUGCUCAAAGGGCACCAAGAGGAGGUCCUGCUCAUUGGCGAGGCCGCACUGCAGAGCGUGAGUGAGGCUGUGAAGUUAGCUAUGAAGGAAGGAGAGGAGGACCCCAAGAAGCUGCGCGAACUCCAAGUGUAUCUUGACAAGAAAGGAGCCUGGCCAGGGACUAAAGUGCAGAUCAAACCCAUGUUUCGUAAACGAAGGAAAGAAGAGAGACUCCCCGGUGAGACGGCCGAGGAAUCUCCCGAACGCACACGCGCAGGUUCCACGGCUAGUGACAUUGUCGAUCUGGCCGCAAAGCGAAGCGAUUCGACGUCCGGAUUGACUCUGUCGAGGAUCUCUGCAGCUGAGAACAAUCUCAUACUAGAAAAGCUGCAGCUCAUCAUCAAGUGGGGUGGUGAGCCUACCCAUUCUGCGCGUCACCAGACGCAGGACAUGGGUGCGAAUUUCCGAAAUGAUUUGCUCCUGAUGAACAGAGAUGUUCUUGAUGAUGUUCAUUUCUUCAGUUCUUCUGAGCGACGCGUUACCACCAGUGCGCAGAUCUUUGCAGCGUCAUUCCUGGAAAGAGACCAAUUCGCGGCCGAGAACAUCCACGUGCGCAAAGAUCUUCUCGACGAUUCUAAUGCCGCGAAAGACAUUAUGGACAAGGUCAAGAAGAAGCUCAAGACGCUUCUUCGCGCGGGCGAUAAGGCACCACCCCAAUUCGCGUGGCCCAAGGACGUUGCAGAACCGUACAUCGUGGCUCAACAAGUAGUAGAGUUGAUGAAGUUUCAUCAACGAGUCAUGAACUACAACUUCAAGAAGCUCGAAACAGAAGCAGUGUCGUCACUACAUGCUGUUGCUGGAAAUCCUGGAGAGGCGACCUCGCCUGGCGGGUCUGCACCAGGAGCGGAUGUCAACAAGAUCCAGCCGCGCUGGUGCUGUAACGAAGGACCAGAGUUGUUCAAAGAGCGUUGGGAGAAGCUUUUCAAGGAGUUUAAAGACGCUGACAAAGUUGAUCCUAGCAAAAUCUCUGAGCUCUACGACACUAUGAAGUUUGACGCUCUCCACAAUCGUCAAUUCUUGGAGUGGAUCUUUACCCCCGACUCGGUAUUCCUAGAUGAGGAGACUGUCGACAACUCCAGACAGGUUUCGAUAGACAGCGGAAGCAGGCCACCGGUCCCUGCACCGUUCGAUCCGGCGAAAGCGGAACAGAAAGAGGCUCAGUCCGAGAAGCCUACGGAGCGUGGCAACCUUGCACAUCGUAUGGGCUUCCGUCGCAAGUCCGAGGUUGCUAUCAAGAACGCUCAACCCCCUCCACCUCCUUCUUACGUGCACGAGUCGUACUUUAAACUCUACACGGGCGUUGGCAGCACAUCUAAAGAAUCAAAGGCGCAAACGGAUGCACGGCUAGUCAAGCUGCGCGAGAUGUACCAUCUCAGCAAGGUUCUUUUCGAUUACAUUGGUCCACAGGAGUACGGUAUCGACAAUGAAGAGAAGCUUGAGAUUGGUCUCCUGACUUCUCUGCCACUACUGAAGGAGAUUGUUGAAGAUUUGGAGGAAUUACAAGCUUCGGAUACGCCCAAGUGCUUCUUCUACUUCACGAAAGAGUCACACAUCUACACGCUUCUCAACUGCAUCUUGGAAGGUGGCAUCAAGACGAAGAUUGAACGAAACGCUAUUCCAGAGCUAGACUACCUAUCUCAGAUCGGCUUUGAGCUGUAUGAGUCGGAGAAUACAUCGACGGAUGACUCGCCCAAUACUUUCAAUUACAGUAUCCGCAUCACCCUUUCGCCUGGCUGCCACGCCUUUGCGCCGCUCGAUGUCCAACUUGACUCACGACACAUGAUUGGUUUCUCGCCUCGUCGCAGUCUUACAGCCCACCACGACUGGAAGGAAGUGCUCGAGACACUGCGCGCCAAGUUCCAUACUGUCAAGCUUCCAAAGUCGUUCGUCGCCAUCAAUCUUAGUGAGAAAGUGCCAGAUGCGUUCGGCGAGCAGAAUGUCAGCGAGGAUGAUGGAAACGACAAUAAAGCAAAGUAUGAUGAGACAGGCUUGCUGGCGGAGAGGUUGUAG